CAGAAUGGACCCAUUGGAAGCUCUCCAAAAGCAUGUGCAGAGGCCAGAAGAGUUUCCGCUGCGAGAAGUCACCGUGAGCGGAAUCUCGUAUGUGGCGUUCGGCGACUACGCUUAUAAGAAAGACACGGAGACUAGCCUCCAAAUCUACGGAAAAAGCGAUGAAUUCUACUCUUUGGAGUCACUGGUCGUAUUUCUCAAGUACUCACACGAAAAUCACGGAGUUUAUGUGAAAGAAGCGGCCGCCGCCGGUGUUCGAGCCGUUACACGUAUUGAUAGAAAAAAUGUGACAGAGUACCUCCAGGGUGACCGCACAGACUUUCCGGCGCUGAUGAACCAAGUAAAUCCGCUUUCGCUUCGCCAAUUGCUCCAUUCCUCGGAGCCAGAAGCAAAAAAGCCACGUUUAGACGGUGAAGCCGCCGGCGAGCCAAUGGACACGAGCACUUCGGAUGAGCCCCAGGAAUCCGCGGUAUCCGCUGCAAAGAAAGAAGUCGAAAUUCGUGCACUAAAUGACAAUCUGACAAAGGAUAGAAUUGCUGAAAUGAGAAGAAAACGACAAAGUCAUCGAGAAAAAGGAAUAGUCACCAUUGAUGAAUCCCUAUCCACACUGACGUCAGCCUCACUUCCGAAGACUCGAAUCCACAAAACCCGUGAAAAUGUCAUGUUGGGAGCUCGAGAUUUGUCAAAUGUGCUCGAUAUUAUCACUUCAGCCCAACGGCAAUGGGAUUUAAACGAGAAAAAGGAAAAAGUGGCGGCUGUUCAUGCUACGAAUCUCUCGAAAGAUCAGUCUGGAGCCGCUGGUGGACAACAGCAACGUUCCGGUUAUUCUAGAUAUGCUCAGGAAGCUUUUGCUCAUGAAAAAACCAAGGAAAUUCAAACGGAAGGCUCUUUUAUUGGAAGUAAUUUCAGCAGUAUCAAGCAGGGACAUCAUGCGGUACAAAAAGCACCCGACGCUCCCCCAGGCCGUCCUCCACUCGCCAAGCCCAUCCAGCUUCUGACGUCAUCAACUGCCACGUCAUCAGGCUCAUCAGCAGCUCAAAAUGGCUCAAAACGGACGUCUCGCUCCCCGAUCAUCAUCGUUCCGUCGGCAAUGAAUACGAUGAUAAAUUUGUACAAUGUUCGAGAUAUUCUGCAGAAUUUCAGCUAUGUUCCUGUUGAUCAGCGACGAAAAGAGACGAAUAAGAAGCCUGUCGAUUUGGCUAUUCAACGGCAGAAAAAUGGUGUUACUUACAAUAUCCGCGUAAUCGACAAUGCCGAGAAGCUUGCCAAUGAUGAUUGGGAUCGUGUGAUCGCCGUCUUCGUAAUGGGUGUCGCGUGGCAAUUCAAAGGCUGGAAAUGGAAUGGAAAUCCGACGGACAUCUUCACCCACAUUCCUGCAUUCCAUUUCCACGUCGACCAGGAUAAGCCGGUGGCUCAAGUGAUGCAGUGGAAUGUACACAAGAUUCCAGUCUCGGCGACGAAACGGCACAUGGAUAAGGCUCGAUUCAGUCAAGUUUGGGAGACAAUCGAGAAUUUUGUACGCAAGAACAAGCCACAUCUCACCGCCCGUCUUGGACUCUGAAAAUUCUCGGAAAUUUUCUUUUUUUCUUCAUUUUUUGCAAAUUUAUUUAUUCAUCACUUUUGAUUUUAUUAAAAAUGCCAUUU